AUGAGUGCAGAAAAGACAGAUGAGUUUUCCAAUGAGGAGAGCUUCAAAUUCUUUGGUUUAGGAGGAUGUAACGAAGUUGGAAGAUCAUGUCACAUAAUUGAAUAUAAAAAUAAGGUUAUUAUGUUGGACGCUGGUAUGCAUCCAGCUUAUAGUGGACAUGCUUCAUUUCCUUAUUUUGAUGAAUAUGAUCUAUCCAAGGUUGACAUUUUGUUGAUAAGUCAUUUUCACGUUGAUCAUUCAGCAUCUUUACCUUAUGUUAUGCAACAAUCAAACUUUAGAGGUAAAGUAUUCAUGACUCAUGCCACAAAAGCUAUUUACCGAUGGUUGAUGCAAGAUUUUGUUAGAGUUACAUCAAUUGGAAAUUCAAGAAAUGAAGGUGCAGAGCAAGGUGGUAAUUUAUACACAGAUGAUGAUAUUUUCAGAUCAUUUGAUAAAAUUGAAACUAUUGAUUUUCAUUCAACAAUGGAAAUAGAUGGAGUAAGAUUCACAGCUUACCAUGCUGGUCAUGUUUUAGGAGCAUGUAUGUAUUUUAUAGAAAUUGGAGGACUCAAAAUACUUUUCACGGGUGAUUAUUCAAGAGAGGAAAAUCGACAUUUACAUUCAGCUGAAGUGCCACCAAAUAAACCAGACAUUUUAAUUACGGAAUCAACUUUUGGUACGGGUACCUUAGAGCCAAAAGCUGAAUUAGAGAAGAAAUUAACGAGUCACAUUCAUGCUACACUUACAAGAGGUGGAAGAGUUUUGCUACCUGUUUUUGCAUUAGGUAAUGCUCAAGAAUUAUUAUUGAUCCUUGAUGAAUAUUGGCUGAAAAAUGAAGAUCUACAAAACGUUAACGUUUAUUAUUGCUCUGAUUUAGCUAGGAAAUGUAUGGCCGUUUAUGAAACUUACACAGGAAUUAUGAAUGAUAAGAUACGGCUCUCUUCAUCAGGUGAUUCUAGAUCUAGUCCUUUUGACUUUAAGUACAUAAAAUCUAUAAAAAAUUUAUCGAAAUUUUCAGAUUUAGGACCUUCUGUAGUAGUUGCAACUCCAGGGAUGUUACAAGCGGGAGUUUCGAGACAAUUACUCGAGAAAUGGGCACCAGAGCAAAAAAAUUUAGUGAUUCUAACAGGUUAUUCUGUUGAAGGAACCAUGGCUAAAGAUUUAUUGAAAGAACCUCAAAUUAUACAAUCACAAAACAAUACCGAAGUAAGUAUUCCAAGAAGAAUUGGUGUAGAAGAAAUAUCAUUUGCUGCACAUGUUGAUUUCCAACAAAAUUCGGAAUUCAUUGAUAAAGUCUCCCCAUCCAAAAUUAUUUUAGUCCACGGCGACUCAGUUCCAAUGGGUAGAUUGAAGUCAGCGUUGUUAAGUAAAUAUUCGUCAAGAAGAGGGACCGAUAAAGAGGUGAAGGUUUAUAAUCCUAAGAUCUGCGAAGAACUAAUCAUAAAAUUCAAAGGUUUGAAAGUAGCAAAAGUAUUAGGUUCAUUGGCUGAAGAGCAAUUGCUGCAAUUGAAACAUGGAAUUGAGCAACAAGUGAAGAAAGAUGAAGAAGUAGAAGUUAGUGAUCAGAUAGAGGUUUUAGAGGACAAAAUGGAAGUAGAUGAUAAAAAGUCAAGCAAAUCCAUUGUUUACAAUCCUGGACAGAUUGUGUCAGGUAUUUUGGUGUCUAAAGAUUUUGAUCUUAAUCUUGUCCAGCUACAAGACUUGAAUGAAUUUACACAGUUGUCGACAUCGAUGGUUAAAUCGAAAAUGAAUUUGAAAAUUAAUGCUGACAUCUCUUUAAUGAAAUGGCAUCUUGAGCAGAUGUUUGGCUUUAUAGAUAUUGUGGCUGAUGAUGAAAAAAUAUGGGAGUCUGUUAUCAUGGAUGUUGUUGACAUAUAUAUAGAUAAAACUAAUACUCCCGGUUUGUAUAUAACUGUUGAAUGGAUCAAUGACAAUUUAAUGGCAGAUUCGUUAGCCGAUAGUAUUAUCGCUAUUUUGUAUUCGAUAGAUUCAUCACCAGCCUCAGUCAAGUUAACUUCUAAACCUCACAACCAUAAUCAUAAACAUGAGGAGAAGAGAAAAUUAAUACAAAGUGAUGAUAUUGAAUCUAGGAUUCAAAAAAUUUCCUUAAUACUACAAGCUCAAUUCGGGGAAGCUUUAGAACCAUUACCAGAAGAUAAAGCUAAAGUUACAAUUGGUAAGAAUGUAGCACAUAUUGAUUAUAGAUCAUUAGGUGUUGAAUGUCUGUCAAAGGUAUUGAAAGACCGUAUAGAAAAUAUUAUCAAAAGGGGCUGCUUGCUAAGCGCCCCACUAGCUGUACCUCAAAAGUUUACAUAG